GCCGCCGUCUGCGCGUUGGCUGGUUAUUUUGCAAGCGGGAGGGGCCGUGCGCGCUCCUGCCUCGGGCCUCUGUCCCCCACCCCCCUUCCCCGGUCCCAGUGUCUCCUUCGGAAAGAUGUCGGACACGGCCGUAGCUGACACUCGGCGACUGAACUCGAAGCCGCAGGACCUGACUGAUGCUUACGGGCCGCCAAGUAACUUCCUGGAGAUCGACAUCUUUAAUCCACAGACGGUGGGCGUGGGCCGCGCGCGCUUCACCACCUAUGAGGUUCGCAUGCGGACCAAUCUACCUAUCUUCAAACUGAAGGAGUCUUGUGUACGGCGGCGCUACAGUGACUUUGAAUGGCUGAAAAAUGAGCUGGAGCGAGACAGUAAGAUUGUAGUGCCACCGCUGCCUGGGAAAGCCUUGAAGCGGCAGCUCCCUUUCCGGGGAGAUGAAGGGAUCUUUGAAGAGUCUUUCAUUGAAGAAAGGAGGCAGGGCCUCGAACAGUUUAUUAAUAAAAUUGCUGGGCACCCACUGGCUCAGAAUGAACGUUGCCUACACAUGUUCCUGCAGGAAGAGGCAAUCGACAGGAACUACGUCCCAGGGAAGGCUCCUUCUUUCAUUGUGCACAAGUGCUGAGAGUCUGAGGCCCCAUUUCUGCUGUGUAUAUAUCCUGACUCGGGGCUUUUAUUCAGCAAACUGUUCAUUCUUCUGUCAAUGUCAUAUUCAACUCUGUUCAUAUUAAACCACUGUGAAGCAAG